AUGCAUCAAUCAGGCCAAGCCUUCGUUCUAGAGGCCGAUCAUGGAGAGUGGCCCGUCGAAUCUCGUGAGAUUGCUUACUGGGCUGAUGGAUCUCUCAAGUGGACGGCUCACUCCAUCAGCGGUAACGUUCCUUAUAGCAAGGAGUAUGCGGUCAAAGCUGCACCAGCGCAGGAGAGAACAGCCGGUAUCAGAGUUCAGCGAGAUGGCACCUCCAUUUCGAUCACCUCGAAUCAAGGGCUCCAUCUCCAAUUUAAACAGACUGGAGGUUCCUCAAUACUUGAGCGACUGGAUAUCGAUGAGAACACCGUCUGCUGUGUGGUCACUCUACAUGAAGAAUGGGCAAAAACCAGUCUCAAAAAGGGUCUUUCCUACAUUCCUCCAUGGGACUCUUACUCGCUCACGCAACUCUCAUCAGAUGGCUUCACAAUCAAGAAACGAACAAAUCCAGGAUGCUCUUGGGUCAAGAUCACUGGAGGUGGACGAGCAGUUGGAAUUGAAUAUAUUGGAUCUGCACAGAAUGGCGGACUUGCCGUCGGCAUGUCGGACUUCUGGGAGCGCUAUCCAACACAGAUCGAACUCGACAAACUGAGCUCUGGUACUGGUGUCAUGAUAGUGUGGCUGUACUCGCCUCUCGCCGAGCCAUUGGAGACGGCACCAUACCAUGAUGGUCUCGCUCUGGUUCGUGACCCACCAAGACUAGUCGCGACAGCAGAGCACAUGUAUGCAGCAGGCGUGUUUCAUGGAUGUUGGUCUCCUAUUUCGCUCAAUGGACAUUGGGGCCAAGCUGCAAGAGCAGCUGAAGUUGAAAGAAAUCUGGAAACUUUGUUCAAUUUCUACAAGGGCCAGGUUGAACAACAUCGAUGGUAUGGAUUCUGGGAUUAUGGUGAUGUGCAGCAUACGUACGAUUCUUGUCGACAUGCGUGGAGAUAUGAUGUUGGUGGUUUUGCUUGGGUUAACUCUGAGCUCUCUACGGACCUGUGGCUUUGGCUCUAUUUCCUUCAUACCGGCCGAUCAGAUGUCUUCAAAAUGGCCGAAGCCAUGACAAGGCACACUGGUGAGGUAGUGAUUUAUCACUCAGGGAGAUACAAAGGAUUUGGAACCCGACAUGGUGUUCAACAUUUUAGCGACAGUUCCAAACAACUUCGAAUCUCGAAUGUUCUCUAUCGCCGCGUUUACUUCUACCUUACCGGAGAUGAGCGCGUUGGUGACUUGAUUUCUGAGCUUCAAGACUGCCAGAAGUCUCUCCUGGUAGUCGAUUCCCACCGCAAGGUACAAAGUCACGCUGAGAUUCCAGAAGGGUUUGCCAUGACGAACAUAGGCCUGGACUGCGGACCUCUUGCUGCUGCCUGGCUGACAGCUUGGAAAAGACGGAGUGACGGCUGGCAGACCUGCAAGGACCUCCUCAUCAAUCUUCUAGACGGCAUUGCUGACUUGAAACAUGGCAUUGGAAACAACGCAAUUUUAUUUAAUCCAACAAGUGGUGAAGUGCGAGAAUGUCCCCGGCCAACGCCAGAGUGGGCAAUCUCUCAUCUUUCUAUGCUAUUCGACUUCCCUGAGAUCAUGGCUGAGCUUUUUCAUUACGCGCAAGAGGAGUAUCCUUUGGUGAUACAGAAAUUCAACAAAGUUACAACGCAACGAGUUCGGCUUCGAGUUUCCUUCACAUGCGACAUGGAGACAAAUUCUUCAACUCUCACUGCUUUCGCGGCAGCUGAUUCAGAACCAAUCGAUGAGGAUCUUGCAACUGCUGCCUGCAAACAGUUCCUCAACACUGAUGGCUACACCGCGAAGCAGGACUGGAGGAUUCUGCAGACUUCGCCUCCGGAAUAUUUCAGUCACGGUGAGGAAGCUUCCUGGAUCAGUACAAAUGAGGUUGCUCGCUAUGGAGUUUCUGCUUUAGUCAACUUGGCAACCCUUGGACAGAGGUUUCGCGAGGUAUGGCUUGAAUCUGCUACAAGAUUGCGAGACGUCGUUUCCACGGCCAACCACGGCCACUUGAAGGAGGUCGUCAACAUUGUGAAGGGUACCUCGAUAUUCAAAUCUUGA